AGCAUGGGAGAUGAUCAUAAAGAGGAAACCCCUGAGAGCUUACCCUUUCUAUCGACGGGGGAAACGGAAACCUCUUCAGAGAAACGGAGGAACCUACCUGGGGAUGCGGAUAAAAUAGAAGACGUCGUUCAAGAUACCGCCUGCGGUUUCUGGCUCUUCAAAGGCCGCUUUAUGCAGAGAUUUGCCACGGAGAAAAUGUAUGUGAUUCUGUACGGCUUGGCUGGCUGUGUGAUGACAAUGACCUUUGCCUAUUUCAAUGGAACCAUAACGACCUUGGAGAAGCGCUAUAAAAUACCCACAAAGAUCUCCGGUAUUAUCUCAGUGGGCAACGAUAUCAGCACCAUGUUAACCGCCGCCGUCUUGGGCUACUAUGCCGGCAAUGGCCAUCGACCCCGCUGGAUGGGAAUAGGGUUGCUAACAAUUGUGGCCUUCUGCCUGCUAACGGGUUCGCUGCACUUCAUUUAUGGAGCCGGCGAGGAUGCCCUAAAGCUAACUCGGGAGUACGGCGGUCAGAGUCAGGCCAACGAAAGUGUGUCCGACCCGCAAGAGAACAAGAAACUUUGCCAGACAAGUGCGUCAGGCUGUAUUCAGGAUGUGGGCCUGUGGGUGCCGCAGGUCUUUCUGUUUGGGGCACAGCUCAUAUCAGGAGUGGGCCAGGGCCUCUUCUACACGCUGGGCAUAGCCUACUUGGAUGACAACGGCACCAAGUCGAAGACUCCAGCCAUGCUGAGUCUGUCAACCUUCCUGCGCAUGCUGGGUCCCGCCAUCGGCUACUCCCUAGCUGCCAUCUGCUUGAGGAUGUACAUAGAACCGACAAUGGAGCCGCUGAUUGCUAAGGAUGAUCCCCGCUGGCUGGGAGCCUGGUGGCUGGGAUGGCUCGUCCUCUCUGUGAUGUCCUUGAUUGCUGCCUUGGUCUUGUUCAUGUUCCCCAAGGAGCUGCCCAGCGCCAGAAAGCGUCGGAUGGAUAACAGACAGCCCGACAGCAAAGCUGAAACGGAUAUCAAAGAACUUUCCUUUGGCGACAUGCUAAAGUCGGUUAAGAGACUUGGAGCCAACAAGGUAUAUGUGAACAACACCCUUGCCUCAAUCCUGUACUUCUUCGGGUACAUGGCCUACUGGAUAUUUACUCCCAAGUACAUCGAGACCCAGUACAGACAGUCGGCGGCAAUGGCCACAAUGGCCACGGGAACCGUUGCCCUCGGGUUCUCCGCGGUUGGAGUCCUUCUCUCAGGCUAUGUGAUCUCCAAGUACAAGCCGAGCGCUCGGGCCAUGGCCUCCUGGAAUGCCAUUGUGGACUUCAUGACUGUGGCUGGUAUCCUUUGCUACGUGGCCAUCGGCUGUGAGGGCAGCGACAGUCUGAACUCCCUGGCCACUCUCUCCGCCGGCAACAGCUGCAGUGCCUCCUGCCACUGCGACUACGUGCACUACGCUCCCGUCUGCACACCGCAGAACGUCACCUACAUAUCUGCCUGCCACGCAGGAUGCUCAGAGAAGGCCAAGGAUGACUUAGGACGGACCAUUUAUACGGGCUGCAAGUGCAUGACAUCUUUGAACCUAAUUUCUGAUCCUGAGACACAAUUCGCGCUGGACGGGGUCUGUCCGGUGAACUGCUUCAAUCAGUUCCUCAUCUUCCUAUCCGUGAUGUGCUUCCUUAAACUUGUGGGGGCCUCCAGUAAGUCAACAAAUCUGCUAAUUGCCCUGCGCUGCAUCCCGCCGGAGGACAAGACGUUCGCCUUGGGACUGGGCUCCAUGGCGGCUUCCUUGCUGGGAUUCAUUCCAAGCCCCAUUUUCUUUGGCUGGCUCAUCGACAAUUAUUGCCUGGUGUGGGGCAAGACUUGCUCCAAUAAGGGAAACUGUUGGCUCUACGACACAAAGUCCUUGCGUUAUGCUCUCAAUCUCACGGCCGCUUCGUUCAUAUUUGUGGCGGGCUUUCUCAACAUCUCAGUUUGGUAUCAUGCCAAGAAUCUCAAGAUAUUCGACGAGAACGAAAGGACUGAGAAGAAAUCAGCGGAUAAAGAUUUGGAGCUAGAGGAGUACACACUAACCAAAAUAAAGUCCCAAGAUAGCAAAUAAAAUCUUCCUACAGUAAAAUAA